AUGGAUCAUCGCUCCCACAGCCACAACCACCACAGUAGCCAUUAUCGUCACAACCAGCAGCACCACCAUGACCAGCAGCAGCAUCUUCAUACCCGUCCCCAGCAACAGCAGCAUUGGAGCACAGGGUCCAGUCCCCUUUCACCACCACCACCUCAUCAGCAGGAUUCUUUUGCAUCAUCGUCUGAUUCUUCUGCUGCCACUUGGGGAUACUCUCUCUUCGAGCCUACAACACAGGAACCUUCUCGCACGGGACACACCUCCAGCAACAACGGCAACCACCAUCAUCACCGCAGCAGCAGCAGCAGCAACAACCAUGUCUCAUUCCAACAUCGGUCACCAACCCACAAGUCGUCGACGUCGUACCUGAACUCUCGAAGCACUCCUGCAGGCAGCAGUGCAUCCUAUCGGUCUUCGUCUGCUGCUCGUCAUACCUCGUCUUCUCUGUCGGAUGUGCGGGCCUACGAAUCUGGAAUUCGUCAUUCUUAUUACUCUCCACGACACCACCGCACCUCGACCACCUCUUCCUCCACAUCGUCCUCUUCAUCUUCGUCGUCUUCGUCUCCGACGUCCAACAACAACAGCGGCAGCAACAACCAUGGGCAGGGCUCAUCAUCCUCAAGCAGUCAGAGCAAUACCGGAAACACCAGCCGAAACGACAGCAGUAACAACGGCGGCAAUGGAAACAACGACAACACACGCCCACCAGGACAACAAACAGGCACAACUCGCGGCGAGCCCAAAUCUUUCCCCUGUCAGAUCUGCACAAAACCUUUCCCAACCCGGACUCAACUCAAAUCACAUAUGGCCAUCCAUGUCGACAAUUUCCCCUUCCCUUGCCCCUAUACCGGAUGCGAUUUGCAUUUCAAGCGGAAGCACGAUUUGAGGCGUCAUGUGGAUGCUAAGCAUGCAUUGGUCAAGAAAUAUUUGUGUUCUGGAGGCUGCGGGGAGGGAUUUGGAAGGCGGGAUCAGAUGCUGAGACAUUUGAAGAGGGGCCAUUGUCAGAUUAAGCCCGAGGGCGAUCCUACACGGUCGGUCCUCCUCUUGAGCCAGAGCGGGAAUGUUGUUGGAAGUAGCUCGACGACGGACGGAGAAAGGGACGCCACAGGAAAGUCGACAACAGCCUGCGACGGUCCCGUUUCGAGUCCACCAACACGAGCGUCUUAUCCAUACCAAGCACAACAACACUCUCACUCCCGCACACAGCACCAUCACCAGCACCAGCACCAUCCUUCACAGCAACAACAACAACAGCUUCGAGGCAUGAACCUUCCUCCCAUGCCCCUUCCACUCUCGUGA